GAACCUCCUCAAGCGCAGUUAUGAAUAUCCUCGCUCAUCCAUAGAGCAAAAAGAGAGUUAAACCGAAGCUUUUAAACGGGACGGAUCGGAACAUUACAGCAGAAUGAACUUUUAAUCCCGGACGCGAGAGUGUGCAGCACUUCACUUGUAACCAGGAGAGUAAGGUAAAGGCCAGCAGCUGCCAGUUUGGCGGGAGGAGAAUUUCCUGGCCUGAAUGCGAAUCGACUGCAGCUGUAGCAUGUCCACUGCAGGCUUGACUGCUCAGGAGAUCUGUUUACCCGCACAAAGCCUUUUCCUGCGGGCCAGCCAUUGGCAUAGCAUGGCCGGGAAAUACCUACACAACUUGUACUUCACCCUCGACUCAUCUAAGGAUUAUAACCUUCAGUCCCAGCAACAAGUGCCAUCUUUCUCAGAACGAGCUCGUCUUAAAUCCCCAAACAGCCCUGGAGUUCAACCCGUGCUCCCAAAGAAGUCCAGACCGACCCAGCUCACCUUGUCCACGUCUAGCCCUGUUGAGGAUGACCAAGUGGUUCCCUGCUUUCAACGUCUUACGGUGUCCGACCGCAACAGCCCUCCUCAAACGCCUAGCCGAGUCACCAAACCUCUUCCCCCCAUUCCUGGCUCGGCUGAACUUUCACCAGACAGUGAGGUUGAGUUCUUCAACGGAGAUGACAAUCGCUGCCUUGUUUCCGAAACUUGCACCAAACACUCUCCGUUUCGCUACGGAAUGCUCAGUAGACGGAGUUUAAGGGACUGCGGACAGAUUAACUAUGCCUACUACGAAGGUCCAAUACCUCAGCAGAAGCAGCAGCCACAGGUGCAUCCAAAGCCGCAGGUGCACCCGCAAGUGCAUACGCAGGUGCACACGCAAGUGCAUACGCAAGUGCAUCUGCAGAAACCGAGACAGGAGCGGGAAACGCAACAGAGGGAACAUCAUGACCAUCAACAGCAAAACUGUCUCCGACAGCAGGAACGUACGCAAAAGAAGCUGCGGCGCUCGAAUUCUGGCCCCCCUGGCUGUUUAAACAAACACCACCCCCUCCGUCUCGCCACUCACCAUCGGCACACGCAAGUCUUGGAUAAACCGGAGGUUCCUCCCCGAGUCCCAAUUCCCCCACGACCAGUGGGAGACUACCGCCGCUGGUCAGCCGAAGUCCCGUCGGGGGCCCACAGCGACGAGGACAGACCUCCUAAAGUCCCUCCUAGAGAACCUCUAUCUGGGGGUAAUUCCCGUACCCCCAGCCCAAAGAGCCUUCCCGUGUACCUCAACGGGAUCAUGCCCCCCACCCAAAGCUUUGCACCGAACCCUCAAUACGUCAGUCUGCAGCGACAGAACAGCGAAGGCUCGCCGUGCAUUUUACCCGUGAUAGAGAACGGACGGAUAGCCAGUACGACGCAUUACUUCCUUUUGCCGCAACGGCCCGCGUACCUGGACAAACACGAGAAGUAUUUAACGGACAUCUCGGCGGGUCGAGGCGCCGACAUCUCGGAUUCGAGUUCGGACUGGGACUGUCAAAGCAAAAGGAAAACGACGCACCAGAUAGACUUGGUAUGAGCGAAGCAUUACUCGAAGACUUUUCGCUGCUUUAUCGCAGGCAUUAUAGCUCCGUAAGCGAGAGCGAGUUACAUACAGUUACUGGGAUUUCUUUUUAUUGCUCUCGAAAUGGAAAAAGUUCUGACAAUUCGAGGCUCUCGGAACGAGCUCGGAAUUUAUUUUUUUAUAUAUAUAUAUAUUUCAUUUUUACGUGAAAUGUAAGUGUUGAAAUAACGUGGUGCAGUUGUUGGGUAUUAGCUGGUCUGGUACCUUCAUAGUUUCAGUGUUUUUGAGUGUUGUACAUGACAUUUUUUUUGUCUCUGAGCACAUUUGUCUCAUCGUAGGGACUUAGGGUCAGUAAUGAUUUUGUACAUUUUUGUGUUGUCUACCUUAUAUGAAGUAUAAAACGGCAUCUUUUGAGGCCUAAAUGAAGGGUAUUCCACCUGCAUGCAUAUUGCAUGAAAUUUGACACAUGCACACUGUUUAGCUGUUCUUCUGCCCGUGCCAGCUUUUGUGUUUGUGUGUUUGUUGCUUUUGCUUUGUGGCCUGUCCGUACAUCUUGUAGUUAGUUGUGAGCGUGUGUUACAUAGGAACAGCCUAAGUAUUGCUUUUCUGUUCCUGUGAUACAGGAGAGCUGAAUGUGUUACAUUGCCCAAUUUUUGGCAUUGCUUUUUUUAAGCUUCUGUAAGCUGCUUAAGACGGCAUUUGAAAGUUUUUCUUUCUGAACGAGUGGAGUAUUUCCAGUCCAGUUCUUUGUUGCACAAAAGGCGACUUUUAAAACCUGUGAAUGUGUUUCUGUCUUCGUUGUUUUUUUUUUUUACUGCUGUCUCCACGUGAAGCUGUGAGCCAUUGUCUGGAAUAGGAUUUUUUUUUCAAGUACUACCUCCCCUCUAGUUGUUCUUGCAAAGUUUUAACAAAUAUAAUAAUAACCAUAUGUAACCGUACAAGGAAAUGCUUUUCUAUUGGAAACGGUCUGUUUAUAACACUUCCUCAACCAACGCGAAUCUUUGACCGAUUUAAAGCGCGGCGUGGAGUAAAGUCCACGCGUCGGCCGAGCUCGCGCGCGCCGAUCUCCUUGUUACUGUACGUGCAUUCCUGUUAGACGUGAUUACAGUGGGUGUGGGCACCAGAGACUUUGGCUGCUGGCAGCUGGUGAAUGAGAUGUUUUAUUAGUCUGUAUUGUUUCCAGAACCAUCGUGAUAAGUUAAUGUAGCAAGUGCCAUGCAAUUAUGAUGACAGAGGGAAUAAAAACAUGCUGUUUUGAAGAUUCGAGGUCAAGUUUAACUCUCCACCUCACGAAGGGAUUGAAAUUCAACUGAUGCCCUGUUUUCUUUUUCUUUUAUAUUACCAGUUUGUGUAUCAGGAAAUGUUUACAUUGUUUUGUUUUUUUUUAUUUAAUCUAUCACUAUGUCUUAACUGGAAUAAAUGAAGGCAAGUCCAAGAAGUAAUCGACAUCUCUGCUGUGGUAUACGUAUAUAUCUAAAUCUAUAAAGCGAAGUGCACUGAGAAAACAGUAUGUUGUGAUGUGUAAAAGUAUUUAACAUUGUCCUCUUACCCAAAACUGAUAAUGCUUAGUUGUAUUGUAUCCUCUAAAGUAAUAAAAAAUAAAUCGACUUAUUUAUGAAUCAA